ACAAUGGCAGACACUGAAGAUAUGGCGAUGAGUGGUCGCAGUCCAUCGCCCUCGCGCGGCACGAAAAGAAGUGCAGACGAUGCGUUCAACAGACCACCGCCACCCAUUCGUGCUCUUCAUCAGGAUGUCGUCAACAAGAUUGCUGCUGGAGAAAUCAUCGUCGCGCCCUGGAACGCACUAAAGGAACUCAUCGAAAAUGCUGUUGAUGCCGGAGCGACUCAGCUCGAAAUUCUGGUCAAGGAUGGAGGAUUGAAGCUGCUACAGAUCAGCGACAACGGCCAUGGUAUCAAUACGCGAGAGUCGAGUUGCGCAUGGAAGGCAUACUACACGAACGAGAACCUCACUCCGCCAAAACCUGGACAGUCUGCAGACCCUAAGCCUUGUGCGGGUAAACAAGGUACUCAGAUCACUGUAAGUCGACCCCUCUGUGUUGCCAUCCCAGACAUGCUAACCCUUUCAAGNGUUGAGGAUUUGUUCUAUAACGUACCUACCCGCAGACGAGCCUUUCGGUCCAGCAGUGAAGAGUAUGCCAAGAUCUUAGAUAUCAUUGGCAAGUAUUCUGUUCAUUGCAAGGGCGUCGCUUUCUCGUGCAAGAAACAUGGCGAGGCUGGAACAAGUCUCAACGUGCAAAGUCACCUUAGUAUGGUCGACCGCAUCCGAACAGUGUUCAACAGUGCUGUAGCAAACGAUCUGAUAUCCUUCGAAGUCGCCAAUGAUCGCUGGGGAUUCAAGUCAGAAGGUCUGAUCAGCAGUGCCAAUUACUCGGCGAAGAAGUCUACCUUCUUGUUGUUCAUCAACCAUCGCUCGGUCGAAUCGACAGCUAUUCGCAAAGCAAUUGACCAGACUUAUGCACCUUUCUUGCCAAAAGGAGGAAAGCCAUUCGUGUAUCUGAGUCUCGACAUCGACCCCGCCAGAGUUGAUGUCAAUGUCCANCCAACAAAGCGUGAGGUUGGUUUCUUGAAUGAGGAAGAGAUAAUCGAGAUCAUUUGCGACGAGAUUCGUAUCAGAUUAGGCUCGGUCGACACGAGUCGUACGUUCAUGACACAAUCGUUGUUAGGACCAAAGAAGACUACAACUCCGAUGACACCGUCAGCUUCAACCCAGCCCGAGCUGUCAUUCACUACUCCACUGCUUCAACAUCAGGACAGUACAGACUCCACCAAAUCCACAACACCGAGAACAGCAGCAAAGCCUAACGAGAACAACCUCGUCAGAGUCGACUCUCGUAUUCGAAAAAUCACCUCCAUGCUUCCUCCUACCUUGUCUUCCUCGUCGAGCAAGGGAAGUAGAGCUGAGGGUCAAGAGGGCCACGCCGAGGAGGCAGAGUACGAAUUCGUCGAGAAAGAACAGACAACGAUCCGACUUACCUCGAUCAAAGAUCUUCGUGCUGCCGUGCGAGAAGAUAUCCACAAGACUAUGGACGACAUGAUCAGGAACUCAACUUUUGUGGGCAUUGUAGACACUUCCAAAAGAAUUGCUGCAAUCCAAUCAGGAGUCAAACUCUUCUUGGUUGAUUACGGCAUGAUUAGUGCGGAGUUCUUCUACCAAAUUGGCCUAUCAGACUUCAGCAACUUUGGUACUAUCAAGUUCAAGGAGCCACUGAGUGUCGCGGAUCUCUUGCGCAUAGGAGCGGAGUAUGAGCGUGACAGAACACCUAUCGAUGACCAGGAGCUGGACUGGAAUGAGGUUGUGCAAGUGACAUUGGACCAGCUGGUGCAGAGCAGAGGUAUGCUCAACGAGUACUUCGCUCUUGAUAUAUCUGAGGAUGGUGAGCUGCUCAGUAUACCUCUGAUGCUCAAGGGAUAUAUGCCCUGUCUAGCCAAGCUUCCAACUUUCCUACUCCGACUCGGCCCUCACGUCAAUUGGGAUGAAGAAAAGGAUUGUUUUGACAGCUUUUUGCGCGAGCUGGCAUCCUUCUAUUCGCCUGAAGCUCUGCCCGUGGCGUCUAUGACUGCAAAAGCAUCUCAAGAUGCACAAGAAGAGGCCAACAAACGUCGCACCCAGCUCGAGAGAUCAGUCGAAAACGUCAUGUUCCCUGCUUUCAGAACAAGACUUGUCGCAACGAAGAGUCUGAGAAAAGCAGCCGUCGAGGUGGCAGAUCUGAAAGGACUGUACCGCGUGUUUGAGAGAUGUUGA